GACACAAAGUGAACAUCUAGAGAGGAACUUGGUGGCGGAUGACGGAAACUGUGUGCGUGUUAUAUGAGAGAGGUAGCUGGGUAUGUGCACCGCUGCAUCAGAUUCCGCUUCUUGCCCCAUCCUCAGGGUAACAGAUACUGGUGAAGACACGGCAGAGAUCCUCCAGGUCUAAUGAUGUGACAGUGACCUGGGCACUGACAUGGAGAAUGGAACUGGAGACAACCAGGAGAUCAAUGUCACCACUUGCACCAUCAACCACACCAUACACCAGACCCUCUUCCCAGUGGUGUACGUUGCUGUGUUUGUCAUCGGUCUCCCAGCAAACAGUUUGUCUUUGUACUAUGGCUAUCUUCAAAUCAAAGCCAAGAAUGAGCUGGGGAUAUAUUUGGUCAACCUAACCGUGGCGGACCUCCUGUAUAUCUUCUCCUUGCCCUUCUGGAUUCAAUAUGUCCUUCAACAUGACAACUGGACCUACAAUGAGCUGAUGUGCAAGAUCUGCGGCAUCCUCCUGUAUGAAAACAUAUACAUUAGUAUUGGGUUCUUGUGUUGCAUUUCCAUUGACCGAUACCUGGCCCUAGUCCACCCGUUCCGAUUCCACAAGCUUCGGACUAGGAAAGCUGCCCUUGUGGUUAGUAUGGUCAUCUGGUUCAAGGAAAUAAUGACUAGUUUUUUCUUCUUUGGGCAUGGGGAGGUCAGCAAGGACCCCGACAGCCAUAUUGUCUGCUUUGAACAUUAUCCCAUAAAAAGCUGGGAGCACAGUAUCAAUUAUUACCGCUUCUUUGCCGGCUUCCUCUUUCCAAUCUUUCUCUUGUUAUUUUCUUACUGGCGUAUUUUCAGGGUCAUUCGAAAGAGCCAAGGGACGCAGACAAAAAGGAAGCUUCGGAUCAAGCAGCUGGUCCUCAGCACCAUCCUGAUCUUUCUCAUCUGCUUUGGCCCCUAUCACAUACUCGUGGUUAUUCGGAGCUUGUUUGAGAAGAACUGUUCAUUUGCUUCCAAAAUAUUCAAUGUCUACCACUUCUCCCUGCUGCUCACCAGCUUGAACUGCGUUGCCGAUCCUGCGCUCUACUGCUUUGCCAGCGAGAGCACCUACAAGGACUUUCUGAGGUUCAAAGACACUUGUCUUGGCUGUAUAAGCUGUGGGAAGGUUGGGCAAAAAGACGCGUAUGAGAUGAACUAUACGGACGUCUCCAGAGCAAAGACCGGCAAAACAAAUCCAUCUCCGGCAGAAACAAAUCCAUCCCCGGCAGAAACAAAUUCAUCCCCGGCAGAAACGGAGACGUCUGUCCUGUGCAAAGACAAAACAUCCAGUGCUGAAAACGGAAAUGAGGAGGGCCCUGCCCCUCAGGUAUAGAGAAAUAAAAUGGAGUAACUAUGUCGUUUGGCGGUUAUCAUAUUGUGCUGUUUUCACGCCCUUUCCUAAAUGCUAAAAGCAUACGUAAACUAUUAACCCUUCCCGUGCCGUACACUGUUUGGUGAUUAAUUCACUGGUUACUCAAGGGUCACGCCAACUAUCACUAGAUUUUUACAAAAAUUCAAAGGGCUAUUCCACAAAAAGUUAUUUUUUUUAUCAUCUAUCCACUAGAUAAGAGAUAAAUACCGGAUCCCGGUCUACCGCAAGUCCAAAACUGCAAUCCUGAGAGCAGAGGGUCGCUGAGUCACCUCUCUGGAUCCGGAGUACUGCGCUUGUCGGUCUUCCUCACCAUUCGUUUCUAUAGGAGUGAUGCAGAGAGGUCUCUGUUAGACCCAUAGAAGUGAAUAGAGCGGUGGACCAACAUGCAUACUACUGCUCCAUUCAGAGAGGGGAGGCAGGGAUCUCAGUUCUCAGGACUUUUGGAGGUCCUAGCAGUUAGACUGCGAUCCCAUAUUUAUUACCAAUCCUGGUGAUAAAAACUUGAUAUCUUGGGUAUCGUUAGAAUAACUUAUUCUGAAACUCUGCAAACUGCACUUGCUGCUUGAGAUAUAGGGGUGAUUAUUUGAUGGUUUUCUUGCGUUAAAAAGUUGUAAAUUAUGGCACAAGCAAAAAAAAAAAAGUGUAAAGAAAAGUAGGCGAAGUUUACAGGAAGGGCAAAAAGUCAAGACAAAUCUAUUAAGUUUAACCGAGUUUUCCAAGAUUCUAAUAUUGAUGACCUAUCCACAGGACAGGUCAUCAAUAUCAGAUAGUCGGGGGUC